AUGCACAGGCCUGCGAUGUCGUUGGGCGACUCCACAAUAGUCCAGUCGAAAUACCACCAUGAUUCGGAGAGCCGCGCGCCCCUCUCCUCGCCGACGCGCCGGUCCCUGCGCAAGUCCAUCUCCAUCCCGGCCGUGUCCACGAUCGUGAGGGAUUCGUGGAAUUGGGCGGGCGAGACCCUGCACACCUACCGGGACGGUCUUUCCGCCGAACAACGAAAGCGGAAGGCGGAUAUCGAGGACCUCAAGCAGGUGUUCUACCUGAAAAUUAAGAAUGCGGUGUCAUACGAGGAGUGGCGUACUUGCGCCACCGAGCUGGACGUGCUGGAAGACAACAUCACUUGGAAAAAUACCUUGGAAUGUGCAGAAUAUCAUGUCGAGCUGGUCCAGGAACGGUUGCGACAGCUGGAGGAGGCGCGGAUUAACUGUGACGUGAGUCGCAUGCUAUUUCUCGUCCGCACCGGUCUCAGUCGCGACCUGGGGGAGAUGAGCAACGCGUCGUUGUAUCGGCACUCGCAUAUCGGGACCAAGGACCUUAUCGAUCGGUAUAUUACGACAGCUCUCGAGACGAUUACCACCUUGGUGGAUCUGUCGGUGCAUAAUCGAUGUGACGGGCUCGAGCUCAAGUACAUACUGGAUCAGCUGUUGGCAGCGCGACAGGCAUUUGGCCGGAGUGCGCUUCUUUUCUCCGGAGGCGCCACAUUUGGCAUGAACCACAUUGGUGUUCUCAAGGCCCUUUAUGAAUCGCAGCUCAUCCCGCGCAUUAUCUCGGGGGCUUCGGCGGGGAGUAUUGUGUGCGCGGUGUUUUGUACUCGCACCGAUGAUGAGAUGCCCCGUCUGCUGGAUAGCUAUGUGCAUGGGAACUUUGCAGUAUUCAAUGAGCAUGGGCAAGAGGAGAACAUCUUUCAGAAGGUGGCACGGUUCUUGAAAUUUGGAUCCUUUCUUGACAUCUCCCACUUGGCAAAUACCAUGCGGGCCUGGUUGGGUGACAUCACGUUUCAAGAGGCAUAUAACCGAACCCGCAGGAUUUUGAACAUCUGCGUGUCAAGUGCCGGCAUGUACGAACUUCCUCGGCUGCUCAACUACAUCACGGCACCCAACGUGUUGAUCUGGUCGGCAGUAGCGGUAUCCUGCUCUGUGCCGUUGGUAUUCAGGCCCUUCAACCUGAUGGCCAAGGAUCCAUUGACAGGCGAGGCAAUUCCUUGGAAUGAUCUUCACAAACAGUAUAUUGAUGGUUCCGUUGACGGCGAUCUUCCAAUGACACGCCUAUCGGAGAUGUUCAACGUCAACCACUUCAUCGUUUCACAAGUCAAUCCCCAUGUAGUCCCAUUUCUACCAAAAGAGGAUGGCCCAAGAUACGCCGCCGAGCCAAGCCCGUCCAUCAUUCCUCGCUGGUUGAACACGAUGACUCACCUUGCCAAAGACGAAGUGCUUCACCGAAUGACCGUUCUUUCAGAACUCGGGGUCUUUCCGACCUCCAUGACCAAAGCCGCGUCAAUUAUGAACCAGAAGUACAGCGGUGACAUCAACAUCUACCCCAAACUAAGCUCAUCGAAUUUCCCGCGGAUUUUGGAGAAUCCAACUACCGAAUUUAUGGUGGAAGCCUGCCUCAGCGGGGAACGAGCGACAUGGCCCAGGCUGAGCCGCAUCAGGAACGCUUGUGCCAUUGAACUGGCACUCGAUAGAGCCAUUCACCAAAUGCGGGCCCGGGUCGCUUUUAGCCCCGGACAACUGGAUUCGCGCAUGCAUGGCUCUCUAUAUCAUUUCGCCGAUCCCACGGACACCGGCGCGGGACGGGGGCGUAUUCGGAACCGGAGAAGAGGUUCACACAGUCAGGAGUUGGAAAGGAGGUGCCCAAGAGCACUGUCCCCCUGCGACACAGCACAUGAACUGCGAAAGGCGCGCAGUACCAUCUCACUCGAAAACCCAUCCCUCACCACAUCGAACGAUCUAAUCUCCGUCCCAGCCCGGCGCAAGGUCCACCACCUCCGUCGAUCGUCCACCUCCUUCAGCACCGGGGUCUUCUCUGGAUCUGGUAGCGACGAUGAAGAGGAGGAUCCCGGGCUGUCUUUAUCCGUUCAAUCCCGGUCUUCCCAUCACCGUGGCUCGUGGGACGCCUCAUUCUUGGUGUACGGAGAAGAUUUCAGUUAUGGCACGCGUGGCCCCGUCCGAUCCCGACGAUCUUCAUUCUCAACUGGAAGGACGCCAAGAUCUGCUUCAAGCCGUCGAGGUUCGCCAAAGCAGGUCUAUGCAGCUUCGGCUCGGGAGAUUUCCAUGGCCUUGUCGCCUUCGUCCCGUCACCAGCUUAGCAUGACGCCAACCGUGCAUCCGAGCUCUCCUGACUCCCUGACUCGCAAAACGCGUGCUUGA